UGUGAACGGCUUGGCAUACCGUUUGUCGACCGUCUGGAACCGUGGGAUUUCCGAUAUUAUAUGAAUUUGGCGAAGGAAAAGGAUUAUGCAGUCGAUCAGCAGAAACUCAAGAAAUAUUUUCCACUCAAGGCUGUCAAAUCUGGAGUGCUUCGCCUCUAUCAACAUUUGCUGGGUCUCACUUUCGCUCAGGUGGAAACCACUAAUGUUUGGCACCCUGAUGUGGAAAUGUAUUCGGUCACCGAUGCGGAUAGCAACACUUUGUUGGGUUAUUUCUACUUGGAUCUACAUCCUCGGGAAGGGAAGUAUUCCCAUGCUGCCGUGUUCGAUCUGCAAAUGAGUUGCUUACGUCAGAUUUCCGGUGCCUCUGGUGAAUGUGAAAACAAUGUUGAACACCAAGUGGCCGUUUCUGCAAUGGUUGCAAACUUCACUGGUCCAGGGACUGAGCAAGAACCUGCCUAUCUACUGCACGACGAAGUCGAAACGUUUUUCCACGAAUUCGGUCAUCUGAUGCAUCAGAUUUGUGCUCGAUCCGAAUUAGCUCUUUUCAGUGGUACUCGUGUGGAAACAGAUUUCGUCGAAUGCCCAUCCCAAAUGCUUGAGAAUUGGGUAUGGACCGAAGAAGGUUUGAAAGCAUUACUGGGUGAUAAUCUGACCAGUUCGAUGCCCAAGGAUGAAAUGGAUAAAUUGCUCAAAUCUCGUAAUGCAAAUGCGGGAACAUUUUACGCUCGACAACUUUUGUUGGCUGCGUUUGAUCAGGCUAUCCACACGAAUCGAUGGAAAGAUGAUCCCCAAGAAGUAUUUGUCGAAUUGAGCCGAAGGAUUGUGGAAAUCGAUCCCACUCCAGGAACAUGCAUGCCGGCAUCGUUUCAACAUCUGGCCAGUGGUUACGAUGCACGUUACUACGGAUACAUGGUCAGCUAUUCCGUUUGGAGCCUUGUUUACAGUGCAGAUCUGUACGAAUCCCGUUUCCGUCAUGCUCCUGAUGGCGGUUGUCUUAGUCCUACAGUUGGUCGUGAAUAUCGUGAAAAGAUUCUCAAACCGGGCGGAACAAAGGAUGCGAUCGAUAUGCUCCGUGAUUUUCUCGGCCGUGAACCGAAUAAGAAAGCGUUCUUCAAAUUGCUCGGCGUGGAAGCCUGA